AACCGGCAAGGGCGGCUCGAAAUGAGAUUCCACCGCGGCUGUCGUCGACGCCGUCAUCAUCGGACGCGGUCUUCGAGUUACCGCUGCAGCGCCGGCGCGUUUCGUGGAUACAUUUCUCGGCCCCUGAGGGAAUGAGGCUCCAAACGCGCCCGCUUCUACCUAACUACGCCGCUACCCGGUGAAAGACGUCGUCCACAUAAAUGCCGGCUCGGCGCCAUCGGAAUCCACGCAAGCCGCAACAUCGGCCGCUGGCAACGAGGGAGAAAAAACCUUCGCACGCGGGGCGCUCCUUGAAGACCAAACGCGGCCGCGACCGCGUCGUCGAUCAAGGAAACGACCGAGACGUAGAAACUUACUCCGUGUGUGGCGUUUCGUUUUCAGCCAGGAGCGUCUCAAGCAAGUUGUUCCGCGAAGAAGAAGACCUGUUGGUGGUGCCGGAAUUUCGUUUUCCCCGGGAAACGGACAUGGAAGAAGGUGUCAUGUCUAGUUCGGUGUGUGAUCGCCUGCCGGGCGUCUCUGUGGGAAGGCAAGACAGUGAAAGUUGUGGUGAAAGUUACAGAGACGCAGUACGUCGUGGACUCCGUAGGAGCGCCGGUAACCUGUGGCUUAGGACAGUGGUGUUUACCGUGGCAACUGUGGUGUUGGCGAGUCAAGUAACGUGUCUACAGCUGUCCAUCGACCCGAACAGCGGUUCUGUGCUCAUCCUGCGGGACAGGAGGGCCUCCACUCCGUCGUCUGACUCAGUGCGAGAAUUCAGGGAGUGCGGGGGAAACCUGACAGCACUUUCGCGGCCGGCCCGUCUCUACAACCCGGGCUACCCGAAGGCGUACGAGUCCAACCAGCUCUGCCGCUGGGUCAUCACCGCCGACGGAGACAUCACGCUGCACUUCGUCAACGUCGAGAUUGAAGAUUCACCGGGAUGCGAGUACGUGCCAUGUACUGGGCUAGAAGGACGAAACAGCUGA